AUGCCGCCUGAUACGUCGUCCCUUCCAAAAGGACUACUCAAUAACAACGGUCGCUGUGUGCCACUCGCCCUUGUUCUCGAUUGGAAUGAUCAUGAUGUCCGAGUUUACUGCCCGUACUGUUUCCGCAUACAUUGUCAUGGGGUCGCUGAUCGCCCUUGGACACGUCAAACGCGUCAAUCUCACUGUGAUCGAGGCCGCCUUGAAGAACGCGGCUCGCGCCGGUAUCAGAUGUGCUAUCCAUAUGAAGAUCCGGCAAAAGCCGAGUUGGAUGUGAUAGGACUUGAAGACGACGAGGAUGAAGGGUCAUAUGAUCAGAAAGAAGCCACCGUAACGGAUGCUAACGACGUGGAAGAGAUGCAAGAGCAACUCGACAAUCUCACUGUUCAUGACUCUGAAAGAGCCCAAGGGAUGCCAGACCCAGAUGAAAAUGAUGAAGAUCCCUGGGAGAACCGUACAUGGAGACUCAGCAUAUUCUUUUCCUUUUGCAUCAAUGAUGAUGUCGAGGGCGUUGAGGACCUCACCAAAACAUAUCAGGACCCUUUCAUCGCGGCAACAAAUAUACAUGGGGAGAAUUGCAUUUCCUUUGCCGCAAUAGAAGGACACUUUGAGAUGCGAUUCCUUUGCGAGAAAGUCCAAUUCUUGGUCGCCAAUGGCGCCAAUCCGAAUCUCAAAGACGAGAGCGGAAGAAAUGCGUUGUUCUACGCGCUGCCAUCUACAGCCACUAAAGCGAUGAGGGAAAGGAAAACCGAGUGUACUGAAAGAAGCGACGCGGAGACCAAUCGAAGAAUCAUUGCAAUUAGACUACGCCGCUAUGAGCCCCCUAGCACUACGGGCCAGUACUCUAGCACGAACCAGGAAUCAAGACCCGGCCGAUAUGUUCUGGAACGAAAUUCAUCACAGCAUGAGAUUACAUACUAUGCGCACACGACUACGUACGAUGUCGCAGACAAGAACAAAUCCAUCGCUCGAAUGGACCGGGGCAGGGUGUUCCCGAUAGUCAGCGCCGCUAGUGGCUGGAGAACUGAUUUCUCCGUCGACGACAUUAUCGACAACGAGCUCUGGAUGCGCCGAGUUAUGGAACUCUCUGUACUGAUCGACUACGACUUGCCCACACACAUAUACGAUAAGGCAGCAUCUCCUGGGUCUUUCUUAGCUUCGCAUGCUGAGAAGAAGCUUGUUGCAUAUUACGUUGACAGGCACAUGGUGAUUCCAGAGGUGUUGAUAAACCGUGUCGGCCCAGAGAAAAGAGGAGAAUGGACACAAGAACACAUAGAACUGCAGGACCUUGUUAAAGUUCAACCCAGACUUCCAACAGUGAUUGCGAGGAUUUGUGUGAGUCGGGCGGUUUGUGCCGAUUGCAGACGAUUCUUAAGUCAGGUUGAAGAAAAACUAGGCAUCGCCUUCCAGAUUGAAAAUUGUUGA